GGCAGCAUCUGGGGGCUGGGGGUGAACGCAACCAAGCUUGAUCUGGGUGCAGGCAAGAGAACUCCAAGUUAAGUCAGGAAAACUAACCAGACACCCAAUCAUGUCUCUUGCAUUUCUGUUUUCCACCCUUCUCCUCACCUUUGAACUUUUCCAUCUUUGGCAGUCGGUGGGUUUCACUUUGGUCAUCCUCCUCAUCUUUCUUGAUGUUGAUUUGCGAGCCGGCGAGAUGAUCCUGGAAGCUAGAGCAAGGCAGAGACACUAUGCGGCACGGCGGUCAUCAUUGUACCAGGUAGGAAAGAGGGACAACAAUAAAGGGGUUUUCCUGGUGCUUGGUUGCUGGUAAGCUUUACAUUGGUCUGCGUGACAAUGCUGGCUGUUCUUGUUCGGCGUCUCUCUCGUCUUUGUUUACUUUGGUGGGGCGUACCCCUGGGAAAAGCCCCACUCCUUCCAACGCAGUGAGGACCUAUGCAACCGAAACACCGUCAUGUCUCGUCCGUCGUUGUGCGAAACAAAUUCCUUGCCUUGUGCCAAAGCGGUCAUGAGGGUUCAUUCAAUCCAGAGGUACCAAUGCAUAGAAGACUCAUUUCGAUCCAUCUCAGUCCCAGACAUCUCCCUCGCGUUGUUGAGGUACCUAGGU